AUGCUUAAUGAAAAAGUCAUUGGAGAAUAUGCUUAUCUUUAAUCUGAUGAAUAUAAAGUUGGUUCAGGAUAAUUUGGUCAUGUUUUUAAGGGAUAUCACUAAAUAUCAAAAUAAAUAGUAGCAAUCAAACAAAUCAAUAAAAAAUAAGUUAAAAGUUUCUUUGAGUAGAUGCUAAGGAAUGAGAUAGAAAUUCUAAAACAGCUAAAUCAUUAAUAUAUUCUUAAAAUGUAUGCACAUUAUGAAACUAUUAACAACUUUUAUAUUGUAUUAGAAUAUUGUGAAACGGGUAUUUGAAUUUAAUUUUGAGUUAGAUAUUUUAUAAAUUUUGAAAAAACAAGAUUAAAUACCUGAAGAUUAAGUAAUUGUGUAUAUUUUACAGGUAGCAGAAGCCCUUUUAUAUUUAUAAUAGAAAUGUAUAUAAUAAAUUUAUUAAAGAAAUAAUACAUAGAGAUAUUAAACCAUCCAAUAUUUUGAUACAUAAUGGAGAAGUAAGAUUAGCUGAUUUUGGAUUUGCUAUAUAAUAAGAUUAACUAAAAUUUGAGGAUAGGAAAUUAUAAGUAGGUUCUCCUUUAUAUAUGUCUCCUGAGACUCUAUUGAAACAAGAUUAUAAUCACAAAACUGAUAUAUGGUCUUUGGGUGUUUUGUAUUUUGAGAUGAUAUUUGGUAAUUUAGUAUCAGUUAUCUUAAGGUGUUGUGCCCUUUUUCUCUAUGGAAUUAGAAGAUUUAAUUAGAAAGCUUAAAUAAUACUAAUAAGAUUAGGUGUUAUUUUUCAAACAUCCCAUUUCAAAUGGUAGCACUGAAGCAAUUAGAAAUCUAUUAGUUUACAAUCCUAAAUAUAGAUGUGAACUUAUAUAAUUAGCUGAAAUACUUCAGAAACAUCUAAGAAAUAGAAAAUAAAUGACUAGGAGCGCACAUUUAGAUAGAAGUCAUAAAACUACAACUAUAAAAAGAAGAAUUACUCCAGAUCCUAGUCCUUAAGAUAAUAGUAAAAUUAUUUCAGAGAGUAAAGAUCUAGUUAAAAUUAAUACUAGUUAUACAUAAAAAUCACAUAAAUAAACUACAUAUUUUAAUAAAAAUAAUUCUUCAGAUUAAAAAAAAAAUGACUCUAAAUCUGAUUCUAAUACAAAACAGAAAUUUAGUGAAACUAAAUAGAAUAUUUAAAAUUCUAUUGAGAAUAUGAGCAAUGCAGAUUUCUUAAGUUACUUUAUAGAUAAAUUAAAUAAUUUAAAGGAAUAAAAAUAAUAAGAAGAAUUUAUUCAAAAGUUGAAUGAAUGUUAACUUUUAAUCGUAUGAUAUAUUUUUCAUUAUAGUAUCAAUACUAUGGGAGAGAUGAAAAUAAACUUAAUCUUAUGAAAGAAAAGUUAAGUAUACUAUGA